AUGAUGACCUCCAUCAAGCCUUACCAGAUCAACAUCCCCCCCUCUAGGCUAGAGCGCCUCAUGCAAAAGUUAGCUCUUGCUGACUUUCCAGACCAGGACGAUCUCGAGAAAGACUCUUGGACCAAAGGCCCACCUGUUCGCGAGAUCAAAAGAUUGGUAAAUGCAUGGCAGACUGUCUACAACUGGCGCGACGUCGAAGCUCGGCUCAAUGAGCUUCCUCAGUUCAUGACUCCCAUUGACAUCAAUGGCUUUGGGAUUUUUGACAUUCACUUUGUCCACAAGAAGAGCAUCAAAGCAGACUCCAUUCCCCUCCUCUUCCUCCAUGACUGGCCUGGAAGCUUUUAUGAGGUCGCCAGGAUUAUUGAUCAUCUUGUUCAAGGUGAUGACAAGGCUGGACCGACCUUCCAUGUUGUGGCACCAAGUCUGAUUGACUUCGGCUUCUCCUCCCCUAGCAAGGUGGGAUUUGGCCUUGAGCAUCACGCGGAGGUAUAUGAUAAACUUAUGCAAACUCUGGGAUAUCACCACUACGUCAUCCAAGGUGGAGAUGUUGGGGGUCUCAUAUCACGGUACAUGGCUAAGCUGUUUGGUCCGUCCCGGUGCCUGGCGCAUCAUACCAACACACCGUUGCCAAGCCAGCCCACAGCCGAGACCCAUCCAGAGCUACACGCACAAAGCUUGACAGCUCCUCUUACUGAGAUUGAGCAGAGAGGACUUGCCCAAGCCGCUACUUUUGAGAAAGAAGGUAGCGGUUACUACAAAUUACAAUCGACGAAACCAAUGACGAUAGGCUAUUCACUGAAAGACAGCCCUGUGGGCUUGUUGGCUUGGAUGUACGAGAAACUCCACGACUGGAGCGACGAUUAUCUUUGGACCGACGAAGAGAUCUUAACUUGGGUGAGUAUCUACUAUUUCUCCACGCCCGGUCCCGAUGCCUCCAGUAAGGUCUACUACACGUUUCAGCACUGUGAGCCACCAGCCUUUGCUGCUGCAGGGGCUUAUGUGGAAGUUCCUCUGGGAAUCUCUCGAUUUUUAAACGACCUGAUCUUGCUUCCCAAGUCUUGGAACCAAACACUAGGUCCGAUUGUUUAUCAAGCUGAACACGAGAAAGGGGGACAUUUCGCUGCUUGGGAAGUGCCAGGUGUCAUCGUAGAAGAUUUAAGACUUAUGUUUGAUACUUGUGGAAUUGGUCCUGACAUUCAAGAACGUCUCCAGGCCGCUUAUAUGUAA